AUGGCCAUCAUUGCACCAAUUUAUUUCCUUUUCUUUGAUCUCAUUUUUGGGUUUGUUCAUCUUUUCACAUCUCGAAUAUACGUCACUAAACCAACAGAUAGCUUGUUGAUGAUUAGUGCUACGCAAGCUGUACAGAAGAUUAUUAACCGUGAGAUCUCUUCUCAAGAACUCGUGGAAGCUUACAUCCAUAGGAUAGAGCAGGUGAACCCAAUCAUAAACGCAGUUGUGGUGAAGAAUUUUGAUGAAGCGCGAGCUAAGGCGCGAGAAAUCGACGCACUUCUUGUCGAUGCUACCGAUAACGAACUGACUGAGCUGAUUAACUCAAAGCCUCUUUUGGGAGUGCCUUUUACUAUGAAAGACGCCAUGAUGGUUGACGGCUACGUCAUCACUUGUGGUAUAUUCAAUCGUAAAGCCGAUCGUUGCAACCAAACAGCUGAAGUAGUGGAAAGGAUGCGCGCCGCGGGAGGAAUUUUGCUGGCCAUCUCGAAUGUUCCAGAAGUGUGCAUGUGGGUAGAGACGUCUAAUACAAUCUACGGUCGAACGUCAAAUCCGUAUGACGCUCGCCGAAUGGCUGGUGGGAGUAGUGGAGGCGAAGGAGCGCUGCUUGGUGCCGCUGCCAGUGUGAUCGGAGUGGGAAGCGAUAUAGGAGGUUCCAUCCGUAUGCCAGCCUUUUUCAAUGGUGUUUUUGGCAUGAAAACCACUCCAGGUAUUUUUUUUUGCUUCCCAUCAACCAAG